CUGAUUUUCACAGGACAAUUCUCAAAAGGAAUUCGUCAUAUAUACAACAUAAAUAAAAACACAACACGAAAAAGGACAAAGAAACAAAAAAGAAUGGCGGAAGAAGAGGAAGUGAAGAUUGAAGUGGAGGCGGUGCAAUCUGUUUACGAAGAGGAUUGCGUGGUCGUCGAAUCGUAUCCUCCGCACCUUCACCUCCAUAUCAAGCCUCGCACCGCCGAUGUCUCUUCCCAACAGUUCGUGGAAGCAAUUAUUGGAAUUCGAGCAAGCUCACAGUAUCCGAAGGAGCCUCCUCGUAUUUAUCUGAUAGAUUCAAAGGGUCUUGAUGAACAAAGGCAAACACAUCUUAUAAGUAGUAUACAAGACAAAGCCUGUGAGCUUCCCUCUUGUUUUAUGCUUAUAGCACUUUGUGAGGAAGCGGUUGAGAGGCUUUCUGCUAUGAACCACCCUGAUGGCGAUUGCCCGUUGUGUUUGUAUCCUUUGAUGUCAGAAGAUGACCAGAAAGAAGGGUUGCCUUUUAUGAAGUUGAUGUCUUGCUUUCAUUGUUUUCACAGUGAGUGCAUUAUUAGAUGGUGGAAUUGGCUUCAAAUUGAGAAUAAGAAUAAUGCUAAGCACCCAUCUAGUGCAACUGUACAUCAUUUAAGGAACACAGGAAGUCAACAAGUGGAAGAAGGCAUGGGAAACUGUCCAGUUUGCCGUAAGGUUUUUCAUGCCAAAGAUCUUGAACAUGUGCUUGACCUGGUUGGCACUUAUUCUUCUCAACAGUCUUUGGACAGAACUGAAGUUAAAAAUGAUGAGACACUUCUUCAUUCGGACUUGGAGAAUAUAAGGAGGCAGAAAUUCGAGGCAAUACUAAAACUGCAGCAAGAAAACAGUGGCUUGAUUGACUCCAAGAAAGAUCACAAUGUUCUGCCGGGUUUAAAUCCUCAGAAUACAGUCCCAUCAUCUAACCAUGCAUCAACCGAGGAAGCAGGUGAGCAACCACAAACUAAUCCAGCAGCAACUGCAGAAAUAAAUUCCAGUUGUUCUUCGACUAGGCCUAGCACCAGCAAGCACUGGAAUGCAGGCGCGAGAAAACCGAGAGGACAAAAUCCAAGAAAACAAGUAAGACAGUGGGUUAGAAAAGACAAUGGUGGUGCUGCAGAUUAAACCAGAUAUUGUUAAGACUUGCUGUUAUUAAUUUUUGGAAAUUCAUACAUCAAAUUGGUAAUGUUGUACGAAAUAACAAUUUUAGCAAGAAUAAAAGAAGAGAAAGAAAGAAAAUGAAAAUUCACUGAUAAAAA